AUGGAUGAUGAAUUGGAUGACAACGGCAAAGAUGAACAAUUUAGUGCUCAGGAAUUAAAGAACGUGUUGCCCUACUCUCGCUUCCCCUCUUCUCCUUCCAGUUCACGUGAACAAAAAACUCCUCCCACUCAUCUCCGAUCUUCAACCAUCCGGCCACUGCAUCCGCCAUCACCGCCGGCAGCAAAUCCCUCCGGCUCCUCCAAGUCUGCGACACAACAUACUUUCUCCCUCCAACUGUUGCCUCGCCUUAGUCUAUUGCCGCCGCCACCACCGUCGAAGUUGCUGCUGCACCUGGUGGACCUUACAAUUGGAUCCGAUUUCAGCUUUUUGUCUCUCCAAGUUAUGCUAGGUCUGCACUACAUAUUGUUAUGGAAAGGUAGCUGGUUUAUACAAGAGAAGAGCUCCAAGGUACUCACUUCUAUAGUGAGUGCUAGGCCAAAGCAGAAUGGUCUGAAUGCAAAUGGAAAGGCCACGUAUUCAAAGAAGAAAAUCACUGCAAGUGAUGAUGUUUUGAAAGGAUUGGUGGAAUGGCUUUGUAUUCGGCUGAAGAAGCCUUCACAUCCUACACGUAGCAUUCCAGCUCCAGUCAACUGCUUAGCAACUUUGUUGAAGGAGCCUGUUGUUAGGUGUUCAUUUGUUCAAGCAGAUGGAGUCAAACUUCUUGUCACACUAAUUUCUCCAGCAUCCACUCAACAGUCAAUUCAGCUUCUGUAUGAAACAUGCCUGUGUGUUUGGCUUCUGUCAUACUAUGAGCCUGCAAUUGAAUACUUGGCUACAUCUAGAGCCCUUCCAAGAUUGUUGGAAGUGGUCAAAGGUUCAACCAAAGAAAAGGUUGUGAGGUUGAUAGUGUUGACUUUCAAGAACUUGCUUGAUGAGGAUCUGUUGGAGGCUUUAAAUAAUCUGGAAGAAGGUCUGAAAGACAACAUAAAGAAGGUCACCUCGACUGGUCUCCAAUGCACAAACUUUGAAGAAAAUGAUUUCCAGACACUUUGUGUGCUGCUGACUAUUCUGGAAACUUCCGGGGACCCACGGGCGCUUGCGGUUGCGUGCUAUGACCUGGCGCAAUUUAUUCAGUACUCAAAGGAAGUGUGAUUGUGCCUUACGAGUGUGGCUCAUCAUCCCAUGAUUAUGCCUUAUCUCAAAGGAAGAUAAAUGAAUUAGAGAGCCAAUUUUGAUAGUGAGGUGAAGUUACGAGAGGACAUGGAAAGCCGUCUUCUUGGAAAAAUGAAUGAUCUUUUGAAGCAAUUCACCGGAAGAUAAAAGGUGUGGAAUCCACGAGCUAAUCAAGAAGGAAUGCUCUAUUGGUUGUCGACAAUAUUUGACGAUAUGGAUUGAAAUUUAUGAUAUUUGACGAUAUGGAUUGAAAUUUAUAGAUUUAAUGUAUGUCAAAUGAUUGAAAUUUGUGGAUUUAAUUUUAUGUUUGUUGGUUUUAAAAUGUAGAUUUUAUGUAUUUUAAAAAAUUUAUGUUGAACAUGUAAUUAUUUUUAGUUUUUAAUUUCUUC